GUUCUGGCCUGUGGAGUGUCGAUGUACAACCUGUCUGUAGUACAGCCUGUUUGCAUGAGAGCAGUUUUCAUGUAAAGCCUUUUUUAUACAGAGAGAGGCAAUGCGGAUUCUAAACUUCUCCAUUCUGUGUUCUUGGAGUCUUGACUAAUGGCUGAGGUCGAGUUGCAGAGAGCGUUGAUUUGAGAGAUAUUGCUGCAUAAAUAAAAGCACAGCGUGACACUUAUGACUGAGAAAACCAGGCCCAUGCACAGUGCUGAUUGGCUCCCCUCGCAAUGGGAUACAACUUGUUACAAAUACACGUCUCCAGUUUGGGCCAGUCGCCCACAGGCUGAGCAUCCACCUUGCCAUCUGAAGUCUGAUGUGAAAUGCUCAGGUCCUGGCAGAACAACCAAAGUCUGUCCCUAGCUGGAAGGAACCGGUGGCUGAAAAUGAAACAACAUCCUUCCCCCUUCCCUUUGAUCUUCGCUCUCUACUGCUUCUGUGCUCUACAGUUCACCUCAGGGUUUCCUCAGCCUGUCUCCCGUUCUAUGGAUGCGCCAGACAUUCCUAAAAGCGAGCUGGCACUGUGUUUCAGUCAGUGGACAGAACUGUCUAAUCAACCCCAGAUCUCCAGUAAAGUAAUGGAUCUUUGUAAUGCUAUUUUUAAUAGCAUGCAGAUAGAGGAGGAAAACAAUGAGGACAUAUAUAAAAGAUUUUUAUUUCACUACUCCAGAGUUCAAGAACCAACAUAUCCACUUAAAACUGGGUCUUCCCCUGUGCAUCCUUUAAUGCGCCUUGCUUCAAAGCUCUCUGAGAGAAGAAUGAAAAGAUUCCUUGAUCCAGAAUCACAGAUUGCUGCUGCAGAGUUUACAAAAAAGGAUAGUGCUGGUACCAUGGGACGGCCUUUUUUUCUUUUCAGGCCUAGAAAUGGAAGAACUAUCGAAGAUGGUGGUGAGUAG